AGUUGCCAAGUAAAGGACUUUUAAGAGACCCACUGGACACUGGACACCGCGGUCCCAGGACAUGUGGAAUAAACAGCAAAGAGCCAUGGAGUGUGUCUACUUUAAUCCAGUGGGGGGAGCUGUUGUCAUCAGGAUUGUGGCUGGACAGAGGCCAGUUCACUGGUAAAACUACUCAGGCGGCUGUAAGAACAAGUUGUGCAACCAGUAAAACCACCGUGAACUCAGUGAAGAAAUCGAAAACAUCACGAGAUUUUCCGGAACUCAAAAUUUAUCAGUUUUUCUCACUGUAAGUUUAUCUCUUGCGCGGUGUAACCUGCACCCACGGCCCGCUUUGAAGCCGGAAACCUCACAUUUAAUGUCGAAGCUGAGUCGGUGCUGAGUGUCAUUAUGAGAUGUCGUCUCAUAGCGCCUCCUUCGUGCAAAUCAAGUUCGAUGACAUCCUCUUCUACGAGAACUGCGGCGGCGGCAGCUUUGGGAGUGUGUACCGAGCCAGGUGGAUCUCCCAGGACAAAGAGGUGGCGGUGAAAAAACUGCUCAAGAUUGAGAACGAGGCUGAAAUCCUCAGCGUCCUCAGCCACCGUAACAUCAUCCAGUUUUAUGGCGCCAUUGUUGAGGCCCCCAACUAUGGGAUUGUCACUGAGUAUGCAAGCGGUGGAUCACUGUAUGAUUACCUGUCCAGCAAUGAGAGUGAGGAAAUGGACAUGGGGCAGAUUAUGACCUGGGCUGCGGAGAUUGCUCGAGGAAUGCACUACUUACAUUCAGAGGCCCCAGUUAAGGUGAUCCACAGAGACCUGAAGUCCAGAAAUGUUGUUUUAGCUGCAGACAAAGUUCUCAAGAUCUGUGAUUUUGGAGCAUCCAAGUUUCUAACCCACACAACACACAUGUCCUUGGUGGGCACAUUUCCCUGGAUGGCUCCGGAGGUGAUCCAGAGCUUGCCUGUGUCUGAGACCUGUGACACCUUCUCCUAUGGUGUGGUGCUUUGGGAAAUGCUCACCCGUGAGAUACCCUUCAAAGGCCUGGAAGGCUUACAAGUGGCCUGGCUCGUGGUGGAGAAAAAUGAGAGGUUGACCAUCCCCAGUGGCUGUCCUGCCAGCUUUGCUGAGCUCAUGAAAAAGUGUUGGGCAACCGAACCAAAAGAAAGGCCAAUGUUCAAGCAGAUCCUCUCCACUUUGGAGUCCAUGUCUAAUGACACCCAACUUCCUGAACAGUGCAACUCUUUUCUUCAUAACAAGGCUGAAUGGAGGUGUGAGAUUGAAGCGACACUCGAGAGACUUAAGAAGCUGGAGAGAGACCUGAGCACUAAAGAGCAGGAGCUGAAGGAGAGAGAGCGGCGUCUAAAGAUGUGGGAGCGCAAACUCAUUGAACAGUCUGACAGCCCGUUGCUGCCCACUCUUGACAUCUAUACCUGGACAGAGGAGCAUGUGUAUUUCUGGAUGCAGCAAAUAUUCGGUGCAGGGGAGAGUGCAUGUGGCAUGCAGCUGUAUGCCGACCUGUUUAGAGAAAAUCACAUCACCGGAAAGACUCUGUUAUUACUCACAGAGAACGACAUGCGGGAAAUGGGAGUCAGGUCUAAAGGUCACAUCAUGCACCUUAAGAGUGAAAUUGAAAAGCUAACUAAUGAUUACCUCGGGCUCGUCCACUUCCCACCGCUGUUGAAGGAUGAGCUGGAAACAGAGGUUGAAGGGAGUAAAACUGUAAAUCUGGAACUAGUGUUUGGGUACCACUGGAAACCAGGGACUGGAAAGUCUGACUGCAAAUGGAAAAUGUACUUGGAACUUGAUGGAGAUGACGUUGCAGUCACCUACAUCAAAGAUGUCAUCUUUAAUGCCAACCGACAGGAUGUGGAAGUCCUGCGGAUGACUAAGCCACCUUUUGUGAUGGACAAAUGGAUCGUUGGAAUACAACAGAACCAGAGGGUGGACUAUACAGUCAAUUAUGAGAAUGACGUCAAAUCACCAAAGUCUACUAGACACAGUUGCUCCGUGACGUGGAGUCUCAGUGGUGGACAAGAUGACAUCAAGACUGUGGAGCUGGUCAUCGAAACAGCACCAGCUGACAUUGAGUGGAACCCCAGGAGCAGGUCUAACUCUGAUAUAGAUCCCAAAUGGAUGCACAACGUAAGGCAGAAGCAGAUGAUGACCCAGAAAUCACUGCCGUCAACUGCUGCUCUGACUGCCCUUACUACUUCUGAUGCCCGCACUCUCCCUCAGUUCCUGUUUGUACAUGAAAGCCAGGAGUUUUCUUAUGCUGCAGCUGUGCGUCGCUCUCCAAACCGCAUCCACGGGUCUCACUGGAAUGAUUCACGCAGCUCUUCGCCAACUCCUGGCCUGUCGGCCAAGCUCUCAACGCUCCAUCUGGGGUCAAAGGGCAGCAGUCCCUCCAGCACUACGUCAGAGAGCGCCUCAGAGAGAGAGCGAGAGCGUCCACUCAGUGCCGGGGCAGUGCACAACCACCGCAGAUACGGUUACUUUGGCAACAUGUUAACUGUGGGAGGGGCGCAGGGUAGGGGCAAUACUAGAGGUAGUUAUAUUCAUAAUAAAACCAGCCGAACUUCACGCCAGCCAGGGAGGCCACGGUCCAACAGUUACAGUGUCACACCGCAGAACCGCCCAACCAUGAUACCAGGUAUAUUGUCUGUGACAGGAAGCCCCAGUGAGGAAAAAGAGGAGACCAAAGCCAGUGAUGGCGGCUGGAUCAAAGUGGAGCGUCAGAAAAGAUUACCACGUCAGGACAAUAAACAAGUCAGAGGUCGACCGAGGAGAGGUGGCAGGGGAGGGCGUGGUGCUGGUGGUGGAAGAAGUUAAUGUAGACCACACAUGAAUUAACAGCUUUUUGUAUGCACUGAAAAGGUUUUACACAUGAAUUACUUCUACUAUUUACAUGCUCAAAAAUGAACUGCUUGGUGCAAGAGAUUCCCACAGAUGCAUAUGAUGUAUAUACGGUUAUGUUUUUUAUAAACUUGCUGCUGUCAAGUUAAUAUAAAUGAGCCUAAAUGCUCUGUGUGUAUUUAUUAAAGUUACUAAAUGCUCAAA